AUGGGAUCACAACCAGGGUCUGAACCAGGACUGGACCAGGACUGGACAGGUCUGAACCAGGACUCUGCUGCUCAGGUGAAGAGAAGUCAACAUGUCGGACACAGAGGAUCAGGUCGAAGGAGGGGGUCGGGUUCUGGGCCGUCUCCACCCGGUGGAGCACGUCUGGGCCAUCUCCACCCGGUGGAGCACGUCUGGGCCAUCUCCACCCGGUGGAGCACGUCUGGGCCGUCUCCACCCGGUGGAGCACGUCUGAUAAAGACAGUGCGUCCCAUUUCUCCUUCAUCUCUCCUUGGUUCCUCCGUGCUCCUCUCUGCUGUCCCUGGUGGAGGACAGGAGGAAGUGAGGGUUUGGGUUCCAGACCUGCCCAGUGUUCUGGAUGAAGUCAGCCUCAAAGCUGACAGUGUGUGUCUGUGUCUGUGUGGCCUGCUGUCCCUCUGUCCUCCUCAUGGGGGCGCUGCAGCUCAGGACGAGGUGGUGGAGGUGGAGGUAGCCCCAGAGGCCGAGCCAGAACCAGAGGAAGAACCAGAACCAGAGGAGGAGCUGGAACCGGAGCCUGAAGACGCCUACGAGGAGGAAGAAGAAAAACCCAAAUUCAAGCCCUCGGCUCCAAAGAUCCCAGAUGGAGGAGACAAGGUGGACUUUGAUGACAUCCAGAAGAAGCGUCAGAACAAAGACCUGGUGGAGCUCCAGAGUCUGAUCGACGCUCACUUUGAAUGUCGCAAGAAAGAAGAAGAAGAACUGAUCGGACUCAAGGAGCGGAUCGAAAAACGUCGCGCUGAACGAGCUGAACAGCAAAGGAUCAGAGCCGAGAAAGACAAAGAGAGACAGGCUCGAAGAGAGGCCGAGCGCAUGAGGAAGGAGGAGGCGGAUCUUCAGAGACGUCACGAUGAUGAAGCCAAAAAGAAGAUCGCUCUGACCAACAUGGGCUCCGGAUACAGCUCCCACCUGCAGCGGGUGGAGGGGAAGCGUGGGAAGAAGCGUCCAACGGAGAAAGAGAAGAAGAAGAAGAUUCUCUCUGAAAGAUGCCAACCUCUGAGCGUCCGGGACCUGAGCGAAGACAAACUGAGGGAGAAGGCCCAGGAGCUGUGGGCGUGGCUUCACAGUCUUGAGGCAAUUAAGUACGACUAUAACGAGCGCUUAACGAGGCAGAAGUACGAGGUCAUCUCCCUGAGGAACCGCAUCGACGAGCUGCAGAAACACAGCAAAAAGGGCGCCGCCUCUCGUCGCAGGAAGUGA